AUCUUUUGAGUUUUGAAUAGGCCUAGUUUCUGAUUUUCACUUUAGAUUAUUCAUGUUAAGGAAGGGACGAGAACGAGAAGCUCCGUUAUUCAAUAGGAAAUAAAUACUGGAGACAGACAAACAAAUUAGGAUUAGACUGUUUUUAUUUUAGAGUUAAAGAUUAUUGUUCAACGAGAGUUGGAUAGGCUGACAGAAUCAUGACACUAGGAUAUACAAAUAAAUCAAUUCUUCUGCUACAGUUGUGUGGAAUUGUAUUAAGCGGCUUCUUGGUUCAGGAAGCAGUAGCAUCAUUUUCAGUAGAUGACUGUUGGAAUCUUGGCUUUAAUAGAGCAAAUUUGCUGUGUUCUUCAUGUGACAGCCUAAAGAAGUUUGACCUCGAUAUAAUUCAAGAUCACUGCAAUGAGUGCUGUAACAAAGACGAGCCCACUCCGUCAAUAAAGCGAUAUGCGAAAGCCCGGCUGGAAGUAUGCACAUGCAAAUUCGGAGCAUACCCACAAAUUCAAGCUUUUGUCAAAAGUGAUCGGCCCGCCAAGUUCCCUAAUCUGACCAUUCGCUACGUCCGUGGGCUCGAUCCCAUCAUCAAACUGAUGGACAAAGGAGGAAACGUACAAGAAGUACUUGCAAUAGAAAGAUGGAAUACCGAUUCAAUUGAAGAGUUUCUGAAUACUCAUUUAGAACCAGCAGAAAAUGAGGAUUACUUAUUCACAAAUCUAGUAUGAUCAAAAUUUACUCACUAUAGGUAUUUGUAAGAAGUUCAUGUGUGAUCAAACAUUAGCGUAUUGAAUUUAAUUUUUUAUCAUUUAAAUAAAUCUUAUACAAAGUGACUUGCUC